AUUCAUUAUUCGCUCUCUGGAAGUAGCUCGAGAUAGUAGUACUCCGCAUCCGCUGGGCUAUACUUACUCGGUACAUUUUACCGCGAGUGGAGCUAUGGGUAACUCGACCUGGCUGCUGGGCGACAUUCCCCGCUUGGAUAUAUUCCCAACUCGAUCCGACCCAACAUGGCUUCAAUGUUUGCACCUUCAAGUUCAUUGGAGUACGGCGGCAAUCGAUCCGCCGUCCCGUCACAGAUAGCUCAUCCAUGCACGCCAACCACAAGCUGCAGCCCCUUCGGUGAGCUCGCUGCAACCGCGCCACUCAAGCCAUGCCAAAGCGUCAUGUCAUGGAGUCAUGCCAAUCCCAUCAUGACGAGAAGCCCCGCAACCACACACGCUGGGCGCAACCCCGCAGCUCUCCCGUCCCUUGGUACUCAGCUGGUGCCAGACGUCGUACUAUCGUGCGAGCGAAUAGUCCAUGCUGAUGUGGGAUUCCGUGCAAUUCAACGGCGUGGCCCAUGUGCAGGAUACGGCAGGUUUUACCACGCCAAUUAGCCUGAAGUCGCGAUGGGGCCGGCCGCUCCAUCAUGGCAAUUUAUCCCCCCCGCUGUUGACUCCAGCGUCCGAAUC